CUCGCUAUGCACGUCUGACCUUACUGUUGAAUAUACUGUAUGCGUUUAGCGAAGGGAAACUGAGCAAAGCACAUUUAAGGAUAAGCUGAUUAGGCCAACCAGAGGCUACAGUCUACUUUCAUCAGUGAUCACCAAGGAUACGCGCCCGGGGCGUGCAGGAGAUGAGCAGUCCCGAUGCGGGUUACGCCAGUGACGACCCGAGCCAGACCCGAGGUACCAGCUCAGUCCUGAUGUCUGACAUGAGGCAGUGCGCGUGGGUGGACCCGCUCAGUCCGCUUUCCGACACGAAAGCAAAACACGAGUUAUGUACUUCAGCGGGUCCCGGGCGCGGAAAGAGCGAGCCGCGCAUCCGCAGGCCGAUGAACGCAUUUAUGGUGUGGGCGAAAGAUGAACGCAAGAGGCUUGCGCAGCAAAACCCAGAUCUGCACAAUGCGGAGCUGAGUAAAAUGCUUGGUAAGUCAUGGAAAGCUUUACCACUAGUGGACAAACGUCCAUUUGUUGAGGAGGCGGAACGUCUCAGAGUGAAACAUAUGCAAGACCACCCAAACUACAAAUAUCGGCCACGGCGUCGUAAAAAGGUGAAACGAAAUAAACGACUGGACUCCAGCUUUGUGCUUCAUGGGGAGGGGGAUGCUCAGAACCCUCUGGGCAUGGAGGGCAUGAGUGUUGGAUAUUCAGAACUGCCCCAAGCUAGGCUGCCUCCAUACUGUGAGACGCAGACUUUGUUUGAGCCCUACAGCUUGCCUACACCUGACCCCUCUCCUAUGGACGCUGGGAUGACUGAUUUUUUUGCCCAUCUUCAGGACAAUCACCAUCAGUCAGCAUACAGCUACCAUAACCACCAAGAGCACCACUUUCAGGAAAACACAAACACUCUCAGCAACAUGCAUGGUCAUACUAACAUGAAAUCACUCACAAACACACAUUUUCAAAGCAUUACUCACUGCAACAUCAACACACACACCAAUCCUAAUUUACACACUUCCAGCAAUACACAGUUUAAUCUAAUGAAUAAUCCUCACCCUCAUCAAACUCUUAAUGAGAGUACCAAACCACAAACUAGUCACAGUUCUGGUACUCAUUUUAAGUCCCUCACCCACCCGAUAUCUCACACCAUCAUUAACAAAAGCUAUUUUUCUCACCAAGUCAAGCCUCCUGAUUACCUGAACUGUCCUUCAACUUUAGAUGACCAUUAUAAUUCUAACUCUCAGUUGAAGCAUGAGGAAUUGUCACUUCCUGUUGACUGUCACACAUAUAAGCAUGACAUUUCUGAGCCAAACUCACAGGCCCCUGCAGCAGCUCAGAAUCAAGGAUCUAGUCAAAUGGUGGAUGAAGUGGAGUUUGAGCAAUGCCUCGCUUAUGGGGUCCCCCAUGUACCUUUGCAGGGGUCCAACCUAAUCUCAAGUGUACUGUCUGAUGCAAGUACUGCUGUGUACUACUAUGGCUAUAGUAAUUCCUGAGGAGAUUUCAUGUUCUUUUUGAUUAAACCUGGAUCACAUAUAUUUUCAAUGUAACCCCAGACACUAAUUAUUUUCAAUGUUCAAUCAAUGAAAAUUUUAUGUCACACCGCUUUAACUAAUAGAACUGUCUAACUGAAAUUUCAGGGGCCUUAAAAAUUAACUUUGUGUAGUUGCUUAAUGUCUUUACAAAUGGCAAUAUUAAAUCAUAAUUUGAGUUUAGCAGAUUUUAGUCCAUGUUUGUUAUAGCUUUGAGGCCAUACAUACUUAAGCAGGAGCACAUAAAUUGUAAA